GAGUUCUGCUGUUUCUGGAGCUGCACUAGUGUGCCGUUUCAUUAACAUAUGCUGUGAUUGGGCUCACAGUCUCGGACUGAGUAACAUCGGCCACGAUUUGGCCACUAGGAUUACAGACCUAACCACUUUUCACAUGCUGUUUACAGAAGUAGAGGUGCACCAGGGACAAAGCUAGCAGCGGCAGUCUGCAUUCGUGCAUGCCGCCCGCAGUUCAGGAUUGCCACAGGACCGACUGACUGCACCCGACGAGCAUACUUAUAGGGUGCAUGCGCUUCACAGUCUUGCAGUCCCUCCCCUGAAUUGACCACAAUCAUUCAUCAAACCAUGGUCACAUUACAAGCGACCCCAGUGCCUGCACACCAACUCGUGUACGAGCCAAACAGCCUACCGAAGCUUCGAUCAAAUUAUGGAGACUUCCUCGAUCAGGACUCCGUCGCGUGGAUGCGAGAAACCACAAUCGAUACCCCAAUCGAAGAAAUGCGUCACCGCUUCGAACAAGACGGCUACAUCUUCGUCAAAGGCGUCAUGCCUCGUGAAGACGUUCUCGACAUGCGAGAAGCCUACUUCACACACAUGCAACCCACCGGCAUCCUCAAACCAGGCACAUCACCACGCGAAGGGAUCUUCGACAACACUCAAGACCCCAUAGCACAGCACGGCGUAGGCGGAAGAGACCUCCCGGAGGAUCGACUCAAAGUCGAUAAAUUAGUCUCAGCACAUACGCAUCCGAUCUACAAAGCUUUUCUCGAACAUCCCAAACUUCGCCAGUUUGUUCGAGAUUUCAUGGGCUGGAAGAAAGAUGUCCUCGUUACUCGAACACUGUUACGACAUAACGUACCCAAUGGCUUCAGUACAGGAAUCCACUACGAUAAAAUCUUUCUUCGAGCGGGCGACGCUGAGUUUCUGACUGCUUGGGUUCCAAUCGGUGACUGUUCGCCAACAGGUGGAGGAUUGAUGUAUCUGGAGAAUAGCACAGAUAUUGGACUUGCGAUGGAAGCGGAUUUCACAAAACGAGCGGAGUCGUUCACGAAGGAGGAGAGGAUUAAUGGGUUUAAUCAGAAUAUGAUGCGGGAUGGACAGCUUUCGCAUGAUGCGGCGGAGUUGACGAGGCAGAUUGAGGAGGGGAAACAUGGUGGGGAUAAGAGGGCAAGAAGGUGGAUUGUGGCGAAUUAUGAAGCCGGGGAUGUGGUGUUUCACAACCCUUACAUGAUCCAUGGAGCCAUUAAGAACGAUGACCCCGCAGGCAGGAUUCGAUUGAGUACUGACCUGAGAUUCUACGAAGAGGGCAGUGACCUCGAUACGAGAUGGAUGAGAGGAGUCUGGACACCUGAUGACGGGUUGUAGGAUAGGACGAGGAUAAUAGGGCUUGUACUUCGUAUAUACGUCAAUAUUGCAAUGACAGCAAAUUCCAACCAGGGGUAUCAAUGCUCGCUGCUGAUUGUUUUCCUGUCCACCAUAAAUCAGAUUGUUCCAUCGAUGCUUAGCGUGAUGCUAUCAGCCACGCCUGGCUUCGCGAGACAGUUUUCGCGCUGCAUGCUUCUCACGCGACCGACUAUCCUCUCUCCCGCGGGCCUC